AUGCCCCGUGCCUUUCUAGUCAGGAGUCGGCGUCCACAGCCACCCAACUGGGGUCACCUGCCUGACCAGCUCCGGGGAGAUGACUAUGUCCCAGACUGCAGCAGCCUGGGAGGACGCCCAGCACACCAGGCUUCCAGCCGUGGGGACUCCUGGGCAGCGCCCACACAGGGCACUGUGACUCCAGCUCCCAAGGCCCCCCGGGCUCUUGACUGUCCGCUGUGCCCCAAGGCUUUCCCGCUGCAGCGCAUGCUGACCCGGCACCUCAAGUGUCACAGCCCGGCGCGCCGCCACGUGUGUCACUACUGCAGCAAGGGCUUCCAUGAUGCCUUCGAUCUCAAGCGCCAUAUGAGGACACACACAGGGAUCCGGCCAUUCCGCUGUGGCGCCUGUGGCAAAGCAUUUACGCAGCGCUGCUCGCUAGAGGCCCAUCUGGCCAAGGUGCACGGGCAGCCGGCCAGCUACGCCUACCGCGAGCGGCGCGAGAAGCUACACGUGUGUGAAGACUGUGGCUUCACCAGCUCGAGACCCGACGCCUACGCCCAGCACCGCGGCCUGCACCGCCUGGCAUGAGCCGGUACACCUGCGGGCCGCUGCAACAGGGGCAA